AUGGCAUCAAGCUCUGCUGCCCUGCAUCGCCACCUCCACCAUGUGCCUUUCAUGGCAUCCUCUGGCCAAGGGAGCUACAUUAUACUGGAAGAUGGCCGGCGUAUUCUCGAUGCCACGGGGGGUGCUGCCGUCUCCUGUCUGGGGCAUGGCAAUGAAGAAGUCAAAGAGGCCAUGAUCAAGCAGAUCGGCCAAUUGUCAUAUUGCCAUACCGCAUUCUUUUCCAUCAAGCCAUUUGAGGAGUUAGCCGAUUUCCUAAAAGCCUCUACAGGUGGCCGCAUGAGCAAGGUGUAUAUCGUUGGGUCCGGCUCCGAGGCAAUGGAAGCAGCAAUGAAGUUAUCUAGACAGUAUUACCUAGAACUCGCCACCCCUCAACCCCAACGCACAAAAUUCAUUGCGCGAAAGCAGUCAUAUCACGGUAUAACCCUUGGCGCGUUGUCCAUGAGCGGUCACACAUUUCGACGUGAACCCUUUGAACCUAUUCUCCUCCCAAACGUCUCUCACAUUUCCCCCUGCAAUACCUACCGUGGCCGUGGGGAUGGUGAAUCAGAUGCGGAGUAUGUGACUCGUCUUGCAAAUGAGCUAGACGCCGAGUUCCAGCGUCUCGGGCCAAACACUGUCUGUGCAUUUGUUGCCGAACCUGUUGUCGGUGCUGCAAUGGGAUGCGUCCCGUCUGUUCCCGGCUAUUUCAAAGCCGUGAAAUCCGUCUGCGACAAGUACGGCGCUCUCUUCAUCCUCGACGAAGUCAUGUCCGGCAUGGGUCGUUGCGGAACCUUGCAUGCAUGGGAACAAGAAGAUGUCGUUCCUGACAUGCAGGCAAUUGGCAAGGGUCUCGGCGGCGGCUAUGCGCCCGUUGCCGGUCUACUGAUAGGCGAAAAAGUUGUUGAUGCGUUGGACAAAGGCACUGGUAGCUUUAGGCAUGGCCAGACGUAUCAAGGACAUCCCGUGUCAUCGGCUGCUGCUUUGGCUGUGCAGAGUGUUAUACAGAAAGAAAAUCUACUUGAUAAUGUCAAAGUCAUGGGUGGUUUGCUGCAGACCGAAUUGGAGCGAAGGUUAUCUAACCACCCUCACGUGGGAAAUAUUCGUGGCAAGGGGUUGUUUUGGGGCGUUGAAUUCGUCAAGGACAAAGCUACAAAAGAGCCGUUCGACCAUAAACUAGGUCUUGCAUUUCGAAUCCAAGACAAGGGCUUGACACCUGACUACGGCAUUUCGCUAUACGGAGGACAGGGUACAGCCGAUGGGGUGCGAGGCGACCAUAUCUUGCUCGCACCACCUUAUAAUACUACGAGAGAAGAAAUUAUGUUGAUUGCAGAACUCGUGCAAAAAGUUGUAGAGGAUACUUUUGCCGAAAAUGAUGGUUGA